AUGGCCGAUACUCCACCGGGAUAUGGUUUGUCUGAGUUGUACCCGCAGUGCGUGGCUCUUCGAAAGGAGCUGGACGCACUGCUGCUAGCGAUAUCCUCUCCCCCAACACCACAGGCCCUGGCCACCUCCGCAGCUGGCUGUGCGGGUGCCAGUGCAGGUGGCGUGUAUGGAAGGCCUAGUGGAAGUUCUAGCAGGGAAGAUCGUAAUGGUGCCUGCACUUCUGUAGCAAAACUACAACGGUUCUCGGCCCUUACGCGCCAGUUUUGCAUGUCGGUUCUUAGGCUACAGGAGGCGCUAGCGUCUGCAAAGUCCAAUCAGAUGUCGCGCAGCGUGCAUUCAAUGUGGGAUCGAAGGGUUCAGGAUUUGCUAGCAGAUGCGGAAAGUUUCCGGAGAGAAGCCGAAGGCCGAAUGAACUUAGAGCAACAGCGAGUUGAGGACGCAAUGAGGGAAAGAAAAGCUCUUCUUGGGGAGGCAAGCGGUAGCAAGAGGUGGGGUGACCUGCGAAAUACAGAACUCAUGUAUGCUAGGGAACGGGAUAAACUACAGGAGUCCAGCAAAAUGCUGGAUUCCGUGCUUGCUCAAGGAUGGAGCAUUGUGGGGCAAUUAGUAUCUCAAAAUUCAUCGUUGAAGAGCGCAAGACGGAAAGUUCUCGAUAUGGCCAGCAGUGCAGGAGUGGCAUCCACUCUUUUAGGCGCAGUGGUUCGAAGGCAACAAGGGGAUAAAUGGCUUGUGUACGGGGGCAUGAUUGUAACCCUAAUCUUUUUUUUCAUGGUGUAUAGACUCUUCCACUAUGGGAGCAUUUUUAGCUUGGCCACCAGUCCAACUGACGCGGCAGAAGAGAGCGGUUUCAGUGAAGUGGAUAUGUCAUGUUGGCCCCCUGCCGAUCCGUGCAGUACGUGGUGCAGGAUUUUGCGACGGCUUGCCAACGCCCAUGCUUCAACUAUCAGCGAUCAUUCAGAACCCUGA